AUGACGCAUCUACUCCCCCCGAUGCUGUUGAACUUGUUCGCCCCGCGGCCGCCGCUGCGAUGGGUCGAGCCUUCCGACCACGCGCCUGAGAAGCGCUGCACGCCCAAGAUUGGCGGCAUUGGCCAGUACAUGGAGGCGCUGAAGGAGUACAAAGAUAACGACGGCUACGUGCCUACCGACAGCUGGCUGCAGAAGCGCGAUCGCAAGAAGCUCGAAAAGAAGGAGAAACAGGAGUAUCUGCUUACGGAAGGGGUCAAGGAUUACAAACCCGCUGAAGAUCCCAAAGUACAGGGCGACGCCUUCAAGACGCUUUUCGUUUCUCGCCUAUCGUAUGGCGUCACCUCCGAUGACCUCGAGCGCGAAUUCGGCCGAUACGGUCCCAUCGAACGCAUUCGCAUUGUUGAAGACGUUACCCAACCCGCCGACGCGCCGCCCAAGAAGCGAAAGCGCGGUUAUGCUUUCAUCGUCUUUGAGCGCGAGAAGGACAUGAAGGCUGCAUACAAGGAGACAGAUGGUAUCAAGAUCAAGGAUCGACGCGUGCUUGUAGAUGUCGAGCGCGGCCGCACUGUCUCUGGAUGGCGCCCACGUCGCUUCGGUGGCGGUCUCGGUGGACGAGGCUACACCAAGGGCCCGUCUGCUCGUGGGCCAAGCGGAGGGGGUAGCCAAUUUGGAGGACCUCCAGCUGGCCCUGGUGGCUUC